AUGAUCCCUUCGAGAAAUCAACCACGAAGCAUGUCAACCAACAACGAGAAUAAAAAUAGAAUGAAAACAAGAUCGAGCAAAAGAACUGUGUCAAGAGUCAGUUCCGUCAAUUCCGAAGAUCUCCAGGGCUUCGAUCCUGAAAAAGACGUCUUCCUCGAGGAGCAUGAGGUAGAUGGAGACUGGACGGAGAUAAAACGACGAAGCUCCGCUGACGAGAUUCGUCAGGCUCGAGAAGUCAAGCGCCACUCGAAUGAAAUCAUCACCCGAGUGAACCCAACCCUCCGUCUCCGCCCAGUCCGGGCCAAUACCACCUGCGGUAACAGCUCUUCCCGAGGAUCGCCCUCAAGUGGAGGAUUUCGUUCUAGAACUUUCUCUGCGCCAAGCCCUCGAUGUCUCAACUCAGUCAAAUCAACAGCAAUCUCACUGGACUUGAAGAAAAUCUCCCUCGAAUGGGAAAAGAAACGACUCAACUCGAUACCGGAGGAAGAAAAGAAGCCCAAGAAACGCGCUCACCGGCUGAGGGCGCUGCUUUCCAAACUCAAAUCGCCACGAGUACUUGCGCCAAUCGUCGUUGUCGUCCUUGGCACCAUUGCGAAUCGACUGCUUUGA